UAUAAGACCCCCUGCAAGAAUGCGAUUACAUUGGGAAAAAAACAAGUCAUUGUGUUGCUUCCCUCGCUCGAGUCAGAGACGCACCAAAAUGCAGCAUCUAAUUCUGCCCGUUCUCCUGGCAUCCCUAUGGACCCUCUGCACAGGAGCAGGAGAUUGGUGUUAUCAGUCCCAGUUCACCUGUGACCAUGCGUGCAACACACCAGACAAGUGGGACCAUGCCAACAGUGCUUGUGCAGGAAAACAACAGUCACCCAUCAAUGUUGUGACCAGAAAGACUCUGCCAGACGAGCGUCUGACUCGUUUCAAAUUCGACAACUAUGAUCAUAUCUUCAGAGAGACAAUCAAGAACAACGGCCACUCAGUUCAGGUGAAUGUUCCUCACGUUGCCACUAUCUCAGGCGGAGGCCUGCCGGACACCUACAAGGCUGUGCAGUUCCACCUGCACUGGGGCACCGACGGAGGGCCUGGCUCUGAACACACCAUUGAUGGGGAGCAGUAUCCCAUGGAGCUGCAUAUUGUUCAUAUGAGGGAAAAGUACACUGAUCUGACUACAGCACUAGCAGACGCACAGGGAGUUGCAGUCCUUGGAUUUUUCUACGAGACGUCCAGGAGUGCAAACCGAAAGUAUGACUCCAUGAUCAACGCUCUGAAAAGCAUCACAGAUACAGAUGCCAAUACAUCUCUGUCUUCCAUCUCCUUGGCGCAGCUGAUCCCACCUGAGCAGAAUAUGACCCGCUUUUACCGCUAUAAGGGCUCCCUGACCACCCCAGGGUGCACUGAGUCUGUGAUUUGGACUUUGUUUGAAAAGCCCAUCCCCUUGAGCCAUGACCAGCUGAAGACAUUCUCAGGCCUCAAGUUCAAAGACGGGAAGCGGAUGGUGUCGACCUUCAGGCCGGUGCAGCCCCUCAAUGGCCGACAGGUAUACCGGUCGGGAGGCGCGGUUAUCCUGGUCAGCUCCGCCCUCCUUGUGGCUGCCAUCGCCAUGGCCUUGGGACUGUCCCAGCCUAACUAGAGCAAGGC